GAGACAGCUGUUGUCUCUAGUCACAUCUAGUCAAAAAAGCUACUCGUGAAAAAAUAGCCUGAAAAUUGAAAUAGUAAACAUGGCGGAUCACGUCAUGAUCACCGAUGACAAUAAACAAACUAUUUCAAUGAAUUCAAAUAAACAGUGGGUGAAGUUAAAUGUUGGCGGUACAUAUUUUUCCACCACUAAAACAACUUUGGCGAGAGACCCUAAUUCAUUCUUGUAUAGACUGAUUCAAGAAGAUAGUGAUUUAAUAUCAGAUAAAGAUGAAACUGGAGCUUAUUUAAUAGAUAGAGACCCAAACUAUUUCUCACCUGUGUUAAACUACCUUAGGCAUGGUAAGCUGGUAAUUAAUAAAGGUUUAGCAGAAGAAGGUGUUCUGGAAGAGGCUGAAUUUUAUAAUAUUGCUGAACUCAUAACAUUAGUAAAAGAACGAAUUAUGCAUAGAGACAGUAGACCAGGCAAAGAUGGCAAGAAGCAUGUGUACAGGGUUCUACAGUGUCAUGAAGACGAGCUAACACAGAUGGUAUCUACCAUGUCUGAUGGUUGGAAAUUUGAGCAGUUAGUAAAUAUUGGAUCCCAAUAUAACUAUGGCGCUGAUGAACAUGCAGAAUUCUUGUGUGUUGUAAGUCGAGAAUAUGGAGCUCCUGAAAGUACAGAAGUCCGAGGUGAAAGAGAAGAUAGAGCUAAGGUUCUUCAGCAGAAAGGUUCUAGAAUGUAAAAAUGUAGAAUUUUAGAUCAAGCGAAGAAUGAAUCAGGGCAGACAUUUUCUCAGAUUUGUGUUGUAAUUGAAGUCUAAUGCUGAGUACUGCCUGAUUCUACACUUUGAAAUUAUAACUUUUAUUUACACAAUUAUGGACACCACUCAAACUUGUGAAAAUGAAAGACAUAUGAAAAAGGGUGCAAUAGUUUGAAUACAAGCAAUAAUUGAACUUAGUAGCUUCUCGCUCUGGCAUUUAACUUACUUUGGACUUCAAAACCUCUCUCUGUGAUGAUCUCUGACCUUGUUUUCUUGUUUUGCUUGACUUAUAUUAUGUGUACAGUAAUUUUUUAUUCCUGAAUUUCAUCAAAGUUUUUUUUAUAAAGGUUUUUGUUGAAACGAUGAUAUUUAAAGAUAUUUUGCUAAAACAUAAGACUAGUUACCUCUUCAUUUUUAGACUGUCUCUUGUAAUGACUGCUCCUUAGAAUUGAUACAAACCUAUUUUGUUUUUAACAUUUUUUAAAUAUUUAUUCUUCAGAAAAGAAAAAUCAUGACAAAACUCUAAAUAUGAAUAUUAAUUUUUUUUGCUUGCUUUCCAUGCUAUCUUUUCUGAUAAUAUUUGAAAGGUAUAAACUUUUGUUACUUCAAAGAUUUACAUACUGUUGAAUUAUUGUCAUUCUCAAUUGGAACACCUGUUUUGUUUCUCAAUUUUCCAUUUUCACCGUAACUUCUGCAUAUCACUGUUCCAGCUCUAUUUGCAAAAAUAUAAUGAAAUACACAACACUUAAUUCUGUAAAUGGAAAUAAUCUCUUUAUUCUUCAGGGAGAUCAGAAUAUACGUUAUUACAAGAAAAAGAUAUUUGUGCAAUUUAUUUAAGGCAUACUUAUUGUUCUCAAUUUUUUUAUAAAGCCAUUAUUUCUUAAUAAGGAAAUAUCUCUUUUCUGAAUGUAAUAAAAAUUACUUCAAAAUG